AUGAUUUCUAAAUCCUAUCAUUUCCUGCUUCUUUUUUGUUCUCUUUCUUUCCUUUUAGAGGUUGCUCUUGCUGACCCUCCAUACGAAAUUUGUUCCACAAGCAGUAGCUAUGCAAAUGGAGGUUCCUUUGAGAACAAUCUAAACAAACUCCUCUCUUCUCUACCCUCCAACGCUUCAAUGUCCAAAUCCUAUAAUGCUUCUUCUGGGGUUGACCAAGAUAUAGUUUAUGGCCUCUACAUGUGCCUCGACUAUGUUUCAAAUGAAACUUGCAAGAACUGCAUAGCCACAGCAAUAGAAGAUAUUGUCAAACUCUGUCCCCAAACAGAAGAAGCAAUUGUUUGGGAAGAGGUCUGUCAAUUACGUUAUUCUAAUAACAAUUUCUUGGGCAAAUUGAAUGUCACAGGGAACAUAGGCAAAGAUAAUGUACAGAAUACUUCAGAACCACAGAAAUUUGAGUCUGCUGUGAGUGAGAUAUUGAAUAAUCUUACUCAGAGAGCAUCUCUUAAUCUUUCGGCCAACAUGUAUGCUACUGGAGAAGUUCCCUAUGAAGACAAAACAAUAUAUGCCUUAGUGCAGUGCACCAUAGAUUUAUCAGCCAGCGAAUGCAGUAGGUGCCUGGAAAGUGCCAUAAGAGAUAUACCAGGUUGUUGUUAUGCCUCCAUCGGUGCAAGAGUUCUAAGUCGUAGCUGUUAUUUGAGGUAUGAAUUUUACCCUUUUUAUGAGGGUGCAUCAUCUGAACCUGCAGAUUCUUUAACCGGCAACAAUAAGGGAAAAAGUAAGUAUGGUACAAGCAAAAUAUGGAUGAUUACAGGCAUUAUAGCUGCUGCAGGCUUGGCGAUAAUUGUUUUCAGUUGCUGCCUGUACUUUUUCAUGAAGAAAAGGAAUCAGAGAAGUAAGUUAAAUGACAAGAUAUCUGACAUCCCUUAUAUUGAUCUUGGAUCUCUUUGUGUAGCUACCAAAAACUUUUCUGAUUCAAAUAAGCUUGGCCAAGGUGGCUUUGGCCCCGUUUACAAGGGGAUACUAAGUAAUGGACAGGAAGUAGCAAUCAAGAGGCUUUCAAACUGCUCAGAGCAGGGCACAGAGGAAUUCGUUAACGAGGUUCUCCUGAUAAUGAAACUUCAACACAAAAAUCUUGUAAGGCUUCUUGGAUUUUGUGUUGAUGGAGAAGAAAAGCUUCUUGUGUAUGAAUUUCUGCCCAAUGGUAGCCUUGAUGUUCUCCUUUUUGAUUCAAAGCAACGUGCGCAGCUGGAUUGGAGUAAACGCCUCGAUAUAAUAAGUGGAAUAGCAAAGGGAAUUCUUUAUCUUCAUGAAGAUUCUAGACUUAAAAUAAUUCACAGGGACCUAAAAGCAAGUAAUGUGUUGCUGGACUAUGACAUGACACCAAAGAUCUCAGACUUUGGAAUGGCUAGGAUAUUUGCUGGAAGUGAAGAUGAAGCUAGCACAGCUACAAUAGUUGGCACAUACGGAUACAUGGCUCCAGAGUAUGCUAUGGAGGGAUUAUAUUCUAUAAAAUCUGAUGUUUAUGGCUUUGGAGUAUUAUUGCUUGAGAUCAUUACAGGGAGUCGUAAUGCUGGUUUCUAUCACUCUAAAAGUUUCCCUAGCCUUCUAGCAUAUGCAUGGCACCUGUGGAAUGAGGGAAAGGGGCUGGAGUUAAAUGACCCCUUCUUAUAUGAUUCAUGCCCUGAAGAUCAAUUUUUAAGAUACUUGAAUAUUGGAUUGCUAUGUGUUCAAGAAGAUGCAUAUGAAAGGCCAUCCAUGGCUUCAGUUGUUUUAAUGAUGAAGAACGAAUCAGCAACUCUUGGCCAACCGGAACGACCACCUUUCUCUGUUGGGAGAUUCAACGUUAAUGAUCAAAAUGUGCCUGACUGCCUAGAAUUCUCACCCGAUUUCUCAACUGGUUCUGAUAUUUUUUCCCAGUGA